AUGGAAACCGACUUCUCCGUUCCUCUGAAUGAAUCUAAGGAGGUGCUCCCUGAGCCUGCUGGCCACACCGUUCUGUGGAUCUUCUCAUUGCUAGUCCACGGAGUCACCUUUGUCUUCGGGGUCCUGGGCAACGGGCUUGUGAUCUGGGUGGCCGGAUUCCGGAUGACACGCACAGUAAGCACCAUCUGUUACCUGAACCUGGCCCUAGCUGACUUCUCUUUCAGUGCCGUCCUACCAUUCCGAAUGGUCUCAGUCGCCAUGAGAGAAAAAUGGCCUUUUGGCUCAUUCCUAUGUAAGUUAGUUCAUGGCAUGAUAGACAUCAACCUGUUUGUCAGUGUCUACCUGAUCACCAUCAUUGCUCUGGACCGCUGUAUUUGUGUCCUGCAUCCAGCCUGGGCCCAGAAGCAUCGCACCAUGAGUCUGGCCAAGAGGGUGAUCAUGGGACUCUGGAUUCUCGCCAUAGUCCUUACCUUACCAAAUUUCAUCUUCUGGACUACAAUAAGUACUGAGAACGGGGACACAUACUGUAUUUUAAACUUUCCACUCUGGGGUGACACUGUUGUAGAGAGGUUGAACAUGUUCAUUACCAUGGCCAAGGUCUUUCUGACCCUCAACUUCAUUAUUGGCUUCAGCAUGCCUAUGUCCAUCAUCACAGUCUGCUAUGGGAUCAUCACUGCCAAAAUUCACAGAAAGCGCAUGAUUAAAUCCAGCCAUCCCUUACGUGUCUUUGCUGCUGUGGUGGCUUCUUUCUUCAUCUGUUGGUUCCCUUAUGAACUAAUUGGCAUUCUAAUGGCAGUCUGGCUCAAAGAGAUGUUGUUAAAUGGCAAAUACAAAAUCAUUCUUGUCCUGGUUCACCCAACAAGCUCCUUGGCCUUUUUUAACAGCUGCCUCAACCCAAUUCUCUACGUCUUUAUGGGUCGUAACUUCCAAGAAAGACUGAUUCGCUCCUUGCCCACUAGUUUGGAGAGGGCCCUGACUGAGGUCCCUGACUCAGCCCAGACCAGCAACACAGACACCAAUUCUGCUUCACCUCCUGAGGAGACGGAGUUACAAGCAAUGUGAGGUCGGGGAUAUUUUUGGGCUCUGUCUCUUUCUACCCUGCCUUAAGCAGAAAAAAAAAUUCUGACAGUGUUUUUCUUCCUCUUUCAUACCACCACCACCAC